UUCUAUUAACGUUGACAUUCGUCUGCAAAAUGAAGGGCUUUACCCUUCUAUUAAGGCGAGUGUCUCUUUACCGAAUGGGAUGUCCAAAUUUGGAUUCGUAGAAUAACACCUAAACGCAUACUGCUUUGAUAAGGCAAAGAGAAUGUCUUUAAUGUUCCUUCCCUGGACAACUCUUCCUUUUUGGAACACUGUUCUGGUAAACUUUGUAGUGGCAAUUGAAAUUCUUACUUGUGGAUUACUUCUUUGGUCCAUCUGUUUUCUGACAAAUACAAUUCUAAGUGAUCGAAAGCUCAUCACAUCUAUUGAGGCCCUGGAGUCUACUCAUGGAGAGAGCGGACAAGUUGAGAGAAGAAGCCCCAAUGAGGAAGAGCCACCAGAAGAGAAAGAAGAAGAAGAAGGAAUGGAAGAAAGAGGAAAACGACAUGCAGAAAAGGUCCUCAUGGAGGAAGGGCCUAAUAGGACAAUAUCCAAAGAGGAAGCUACACUAAAGGAAAACCCGCAAGAUGCGAUGGAAAAGAAGGAACGGUCUACACUAAAAGGGUUUGAAUUGGCAAGAGUUCAACCCAAAGCUGAAAAAUACGGAAGGAAAAACACUCCAAAGAAAGAAUUCAAGGUUGGAAAAUCCAAAAACCCCGAACCAAAAAUCCAAAAAGAAAAGAAAAUCACCUCCAAAACAGAAGAAUUAAAAAAUGACAAACCAAAAUGGGAAAAUUCUAACCAGGGGAGUCCCAAAAAGGAAGAUUACAAAGAGAAUAAAUGGAAUCAAGAAAAAAGACUAGACCACAAACACAAAGGGGAAGAAUCGGAUGUGGAAGAAUUGGGAGAAGAGUUGGAAGAGGGAGAAUCUGAAUAUGAAGAUUCCAACGAACAAGAGGAAGAGUCGGAUGAGGAAGAAUUGGAAGAAGAGUCGAAUGAGGAAGAAUUGGAAGAAGAGUCGGAAGAGGGAGAAUUGGAAGAAGAGUCGGAUGAGGAAGAAUUGGAAGAAGAGUCGGAAGAGGGAGAAACCGAACUGGAAGUCUCCGACGAACGAGAUGUCAAAGAGGAUGAGUCGGAGGAAACAGAAUCUGAAGACUCAACAUUCAAAGAGGGAGAGUCUGACAAGGGUGGCUCUGCAGAGAAGGACUUUGAAGAGAACAGUUCUCAAGAGGACGGUUCUGAAAAGAAUGUCUCUGAGGAGGACUGUUCUAUAGAGAGUGGUUCAGAGGAGGACGUGCCAGAUGUGAAUGAGUCGGAAAUAGAAGAGUCGGAAAUAGACGAUUUUGAGGAAGACUCUGCCGAAAUACAGGAUUCAGAAGAGCAGGAUUCCAAAGAAGAAGACUUUGAAGAGCAAGGUUCUGUGGGGCAAGAAGUCAGAGAGGUUUUAUCCGAAGAAAGCUCUAGCGUGGCGAGUUCUGAGGGAGAAGGCGCCAGAGAUAAAAGUACUGAAGAGGAAAGCAUUGGCGAGGAAGACGCUGGCGAGGAAAGCUCUGAGGAUGAGAGCUCAGGAGAGGAUGGCUCUUUUAAGGAAAGCUUUUCUAAAGACUCCUUUAGCCAUGAAGAUUCUGAAGAAGAGGAGUCUGCCCAAGAAAGCUGUAAUGGCGACGAUUCUAAUGGUGAAUAUUUUGACGAUGAUCCCCUUGACGAAAAUGUUUCUGAAGAGGAAGAGCCCAAGGGGGAGGGAUCUAACGAGACAGAGACCGAAGAGGAAGAGCGUAAAAAAGAUACUUCUCAAGGGGAGAGUCGGGAUUCUGGAACAGAAGAUUCCAAUGAGAAAAAGUCCGAAGAAGGAGGUGAAGAUGGUUCGUUUAGAGAGAAAGCGUCUGAAUGGACAGAGUCGGAAAAGAGCGAGGAUCAGGAGGGGGAGGAAUCUGUUUGCGAGGCAUCAGAAAACGAAGAAUACCAUGUAAGCCAGGCAUCAGAAAACGAGGAAUCUGAAGAGGAGGAUAUUUCGGAGGAAAACACUGGGAAAAAAAGAUUUCGAGAUCCCAAACCUGUUGAGGAGUCGGAAAGAGAAACUCCCAAAUAUUGCGAUCAUUUCGAAGUUUGCUUAAAAGAGUCAUAAUAUCUAAAGAAUGUUCUUUCACGGA